AUGGGACUUCCCCUGAAUACAUGUCUCGACAGGGUAGGGCGGUGGAGCCCGUACGAGAUUGUCGCCCAAUCCACUGAUUUGACCGAGACGCCAACUCAUCGAGCCGUAGCUCAGAAUACAACCGCCGGAACAGCAAUAGUGAUCCGGGCAUGGGAUGACUGUGUAUGGACUCUGGACAUCGUCCGAAACAUCCGUGCUAUUGUGGCCGAGACUUCUGUGCCGCUCCCAGCUGAAUAUCAGGUUACUGUGCUAUUGCAUAUCAGGAAUGACUCGCUUGCAUACGAAUACAGAGACCGGAGGGAGGAUCUCUUAGUGAUCUUGAGAGUUCCCGAAGACCUGCAUGCCAUCACCCGCACGUGGAGCUAUCCUGAGAUGGAAGCCGCCUAUCCGGACGUUGGUGCUUACGAUAUCUCCUUUCAUUCUUACAUGCCCCUCCAACAGUUGGUGCUCGCCAACCCGGCCAUCAACCACGUCUGGAACUGGGAGCUCGUUGUCAGAUACACAGGUCAUUAUGGACAUCUGCUAACGAAUGUUGACAAAUUCGCGUCACAAGACGAUGCCUUCUCUCCAAUUUGA